AUGUCUCGUGUUGUGUCUGGGUCGGGUGUCUCGAAGAGACACUCGACUCGUAUUCGAGCCAUGCUCCAGGUCGAACAUCUCGACCCGAAAUUUGUGCGCGAAAGAAUCGCCAAUGCUAACAAAGGUCUUGCAGGCGCCAGCCAGGUCCCAAUAAUACUCCAAAAUGCUUCUUCCGCGACCAACAACCUACCAUCUGCUUCUGAUACAAUCGAUACGUUCUCUGCGUUGCUCAAACCCUUGAAGGCAUUCAACUCCAUCGCCAGCACGAUUGCGAAUGUCCAUCCCUACGUGAAGGUGGCACUGAGCAUCUUCACUUGCGCAUCCAAUAUGAUUCUCGAUCAAGCAGACCGCGAUGUCGCUGUUUCUCUUCUCCUCUCAAAGAUAUCUGAAGUCUAUACUUUUAUCACGGAGGAGAAGGAAUUGGCUAAGAUUCAGUCCAUGCUAGCGAUAUAUGGGAAGAUAGCACAGCAGACGCUGGAGUGUGCUGAUUUCAUCAGCCAUUACUCUGAGACGAAGAGCGCCUGGAUAAGACUCGGCAAGCACAUUUUCGAUGAAACGGACACCACAAUCCAGAACUAUAACAAUGUCCUCGACAGUCUCAUGCAGCAAUUCCGAGACCGGGCGGCUCGUGAUACCGUUGUGAUCGUCCACUAUAUGGCUGAGAGUUUGGACCUCGUAGGCAUGGAGUACGCUACGGGCGCAGGAUUAAAUACGUCCAAAUGUUGUUUGCCAAAUACUCGGCAAGACCUUCUGAAGGAUAUUCAGAACUGGAUCAGCAGCACCGAGGAGGGUGCUCCGCGCAUCUUGUGGUUGUCUGGCACAGCAGGCAAGGCUCAUGCUUCUGCUUCGACCGUACUCGGCAAGCGGAUCGCCGUCAGGACAAAAUAUUCACGACCAUCGCAAGUGAAUUGGCGGACUGCAACCCUUUCGUGUGGCGAGCCUUGGCGCAGGCAGUUAGAACUCAUCAUCGGUCCCACGAGCAUAGCCUCAAAAGCCAUCGCUGUACCCGUCCUGAUUGUCAUCGAGGCAUUGGAUGAGAGCGGCGAAGCUAAUUCCCGGGAACAGAUUCUUCGUCUACUCGCUGGCAAAUUAAUCACUUCCGCUUCACAACUAUCCGAACUCCCAGCUAACUUCUGCAUUCUCCUCACUUCUCGUCCCCUCGCUGCGCCACAUGUUCGCCAUAUUUCCCUGGAUGACAUCUCGUCUGCGUCCACAGAACUCGACAUCGAACUUCAUAUCUCCCACAGGCUAGAAGAUCUGCGUCACAUUUUCAACAAUGCCCACUUCAAGGCGCUAGCUCUGAAAUCUGAUGGCCUGUUUGAAUGGGCUCGUCUCGCCUCAGAAUAUAUCAAGAGCACGAACAUCGCGUACAUCUUCUGGAUGAGAUGUACCAACGCAUCUUGGCAGAUAUAUAUCAUGCCGAAGCACAUGCAUGAGGAGGCGAUUCCUAUCUUUCGGUCCGUGAUGGGUCAAAUUCUUGCAUCGUCGGAACCACUUCCCAUCAAUGUGUUGAACACGAUGCAACGGUGUUUCCCAUGUGAUGAUGACCGCUACGACGUAAAGCUGCUCAUGGGGCAUCUUGGCUCGCUUGUCUCCGGCACCUCAGAUUCUGAUAUUCCCAUAUGUCCACUUCAUGCAUCAUUCUACGACUUCCUCACAGACGAAUCACGGAGCCAUGACUUCUUUGUUGAUGCAUCAGCGGUGCAUAAAGAUCUUGCCUUUGCCUCGCUUCGGGUCAUGGGCGACUCAAAGCGCGGGCUUCGCUUCAACAUUUGCUCCUUAGAGAAUUCGUACUUGCCCAACUCUUCUGUCCCUGAUUUGCAGAAACGAGUCAAAGAAUCCAUUCUGGCUGAGCUAUCAUACUCAUGUCGGUUUUUUGGGACUCAUGUCGGCUCUACGUCCUUCGAAUCACCGCUCGCUAAGGAGGUCGAGGCUUUCUUCGAUGGAGAGCGCCUUCUUUGGUGGUUGGAAGCACUGGCUCUGAUGAGAAGCCUUGGUGGCUCGGCAGUGACCCUCUCAUGUAUUGCAGAUUGGUUUUCGGGUCAUGCCGAGUUUACGCAUGUUAGUGACGCUAUCAGGGAUACCCUGCGUUUCGUCCGCACCUUCGCACCCACCAUUGUACGCAGCACUCCCCAUUUAUACCUGUCCGCUCUACCAUUCGCUCCAAUGCAGUCGAGAAUAUUUCGCAAAUUCGCCGCAAAGUUUCCUCACACCCCUCGCGUUGUCGCUGGCCAUGUCGAAAAUUGGCCUCCGAUGGAAAGGAUAAUCCACAUGAAUGCCUACGUUUGGUCGGUUGCAAUGUCACCAGGCAGAAAACAUAUUGCAUGUGGUUUAACCGAUGGAACGAUCCACAUGUGGGAUACGGUAACUGGCGAGGCAUUGUGUGCCCCUCUUCAAGGCCACACUGGCGAUAUUGUGUCUGUUGCAUUCUCACCGGAUGGACAUCACAUCGUUUCAGGUUCAGUGGACAAGACAGUCCGUGUGUGGGAUGUAGCAACCGGCAAGGUCUUAGGUACCCUCGAAGGGCACACUGGCUGGGUUCGUUCCGUCGCAGUCUCGUUGGAUGGAAAUCGCAUAGUAUCGGGCUCAGAUGACAAAACGAUCAGAGUAUGGGAUAUGGAGACUACAUAG